AUAGAAGAAUGCAUACAUAUGAGGUGAGAUGAUGAGAUAUUCUUUGAUAUCAUAUCACAUGUAUGAUCUUAGUCUAUGGUUGCUGGUUUAUACUCUCCUUAGUGCGAUAUAUUGAGCGAUAUAUUGAGGUAUAUGGCUAUUCAAUAGGAUAUAUAUAUAGAGAGAGAGAGAGAGAGAGUACCCAGGCAACCAACCCAUCUUAUCGAUAAGCACAUACCAUAUACAUAAACCCCCCACCAACCAAUUCUUCCCAGGGAUACCAAAUAAUUUUCCUUUUACUUACUUUCUUCCCCCCUUCCUUGCUUCAGAUCCUCGUCAUUUCACAACACAAUGCCACAUCAACAAGACAUCUAUUCAGUAACCGCGACGAACCACCUCCGCUUUGACCCCUGGAACAGCUCGUCGACGGGGCACCAAGUCUCCGACACCACCACCCCGGGCACUGAAUGGCGACGCACAAGGGAGGCAAAGCUCGCUCAGCAGUUGCGCACAGGUGAUUGUACGGUAGAUCCCUCCUCCGCCGCCUCCUCCGCCUCCUCCUCCUCCUUAUAUACAAACACAACCCGGGGCAAACAGAAGACAACACAGCCGCAUGGACAAGGGGAGGAGGGGCAGUGGGUGUGGGGAUGUACAGCCGCGCGAACAGAGCCCGACCCGCGACAACGGGAUAUAAGGAGUAUGAUGAUGCGCGUGAAGAAGGGGGCUUCAUCAACUACCGUACCCCCGAGCCCGAACCAGCGCGAGAUACAGGGACGGAAAAAACCGGUGGAUGUUGGGGACAGCGGGGCGGUUGGGAAAUCGAGGCCAGAGCAUGAUGAUGAUGAUGAUGAUGCAGAGGAGAAGUGGAAGAAGGGCUCCGGGUUGGAAUCGGAUAUUCUACAUGGCGCAACGGUCUACAUUAAUGGACGCACUGCGCCUCUUGUCUCAGAUCAUAAGUUGCGGGGGUUGCUGGUGGCGCAUGGCGCAACGCUUUCGCUGGCGUUGUCGCGGAGGGUGUCGCAUGUUAUCAUUGGGAAGCCGAACGCGGGCCCUGGGGGGGCCGGGGCCGGUGGUGGAUUGGCGGCGGGGAAGAUACAGAAGGAGAUUCAGAGAGGAGGGUGGAGGGGGAUUAAGAUUGUCGGGGUUGAAUGGGUUUUGGAAAGUAUUAAAGCUGGGAAACGACUCCCUGAGACAAGAUUUGCUAUUAAUCUGUCUAACCAGCGGAGUGUUCUGGCCUUCAUGUAAUAACAUUCAUGCAUAUUCUCAUGCUUAUGUCGUUAAGAUUAAUUUUAUGAUAUCCUCAUGUCACAUUAUAUACAUACAUACAUUAUCAUUGUCAUUUCAUAUCCUGUUGCAUCACU